UCGCCGAACACAUUUCACUGCGACACAAGGAAGAGACUUCAUUCGAGCCUUGUUAUUAUUAUUCUCAGCUAACUGUCAAGUAGAAAUCCACCUGUGUUUAAAACUUAAACAUCAAGAUGUCUUCAGACUUUGAGGCCUACGAACAGGACUUUGGAACACUUACAGCAGAAAUAACGAACAAAGUUGGCAAAAUUCCCAAACUCAGUGGAGAGGAGAAGACACAGCUGGUUCUAAAUGUCGACAAACAGCUUGAAGAAGUCAGAGAGUUGAUGGAGCAGAUGGACCUGGAGGUGCGUGAGAUCCCCAUCCAGAGCCGGGCCAUGUACAACAGCAGGCUGAAGAGCUACAAGCAGGAAAUGGAGAAGCUGGAGAAAGACUUUAAAAGGUCACGUAUCGCCUACAGUGACGAAGUGCGCAACGAGCUCCUGGGGGAUGACGCCAGCUCCUCAGAGAACCAGAGAGCGCAUCUGUUGGACAACACAGAGAAGCUGGAAAGGUCAUCACGGAGACUGGAGGCCGGCUACCAGAUAGCGGUAGAAACUGAACAAGUGGGUCAGGAGAUUCUUGCCAACCUGCACAGUGACCGUGAGAAGAUCCAGAGAGCCAGAGAAAGGCUGAGAGAAACAGACGCCAACCUGGGCAAGAGCUCUCGCAUCCUUACCGGCAUGCUGAGAAGGUAAGAGGAAGGAUCAUCCAGAACCGCGUCCUGGUCUUCAUCCUUGGAGCCAUCAUCCUUCUCACCAUCAUCCUGGCCAUCUAUUUCAAUCUGCGAGGCCACUGAUCUCCCCCUCUGCACACAUAUAUACACACAUACACACAGUCGCCCCCCCCACCCCAACACAAAUACAAACACACACAGCCGUGAUUAAUAGCGACAAAAGCGUUGUUCUGCUGUAAUUAGAACAAAUGGUCCCCAUGAAUCACUGUUUCCAAAGCCUGACAGGGAGCUUUUUUUCCAUCUCUUUCUCCUCUCCUGUUUGCGUUUCUUUCUCUUUCUUUCCUUUUUUUUCUACUUCUUGUUCUUCUUCUUCUCUUUCUUUAAUUUUAUCCUCUUUCUGUCUGUCAGGCUUUUUCUUUCAUCCCCAGGGACUCGAGCAGGGGGGAGAUGUUUUUAUGAUAGUUAAUAUUAUCCAUGGUGUUGUCCUCUGUGUGGUUUUUGAGCCUAUUCUGUAUCAAAGUGAACCUAGACCUUUUUUUUAUUUUAUUAUUCUUUCUUUUUUUGCUACUCGGUACAAAUUUAGACGUGUACAUUUUUUUUUUCUCCAGUGUUGGAGGUUAGUGAAAUGUCAUACAGGAAGUGUGUGUGUGUAAAGAAAGACAGAAAAGGACAGAGUGUUUCACACAUGUGUAUUUGAGUAGCGGCCCACAUUGUUUGUUUGUUAUUAACACCAAGAGUAGACACACACUCUGUAGUAUGUAUGAGCAUCUACAACUUUAAAUGGCUCUUCUUCUUGUAGCCCCUCCACAGCACAGAGGACAGUGCCUUCAGAUGAGAUAUGCUGUUCACACUCCUGCUUUAAAAAGCUCGGCAGAGCCCGAAAUAGACGAGAGGAAGGGAGAAGACGCGUUAAGAGGUUGAGGUCAGUUCAGUCAGUCAAGUUAAAAGUUUUUGUUUGUUUCAUUAAGCAGAAAGGUUUAUUUUCAGGACAAUUGAGAUUUAAAGAAAUAAAAAACAACUCUUUUAAUAUGCUUUUAAUACAAAGGGAGACGACCCCCAACAUUACACACAGUAAAUCAAACCAUCAGAUCUGCUGUCCUGAUUUGGGAAAAUCUCAAAGCUGACUCCCACACUUCAUUCCCAUGGACUUUUAAACCUUACUCUUAUUGUUCAUAAUAAUAGAUAUGAUACUGUAUGUACUAACAUUAAGUCUACAUCAUGUAUAGUGUUUUUCUCUCAUUACAAGUGAUUCUGAUACUAUUUAUUUAUAAAUGAGUUUUCCAUUAAAGUUUCUGUGCUAGAACUGUAUAUUUGAAGAGGAAGUUGUUUUCAGAUUUAACAUUAGCAACAUGUUAUUUUUCUGAUUUGAGUUUUCAGUGAUUAGACGCCGCACCUGGACCAACUGAAACAUGUGGACUUCAAGUGUAGUGUCUUAAAUAUGUAUUUUUUUUCUUCUGUUCUUACAAAUGGAUCUAACUUCUUUUAGAACUUGUACUUUUUGUUCUAUAUUUUUCUUGUCAAGUUCUGAAGAUUGUGCAGCAGACCUUGUUUGUCUGCGUUUGUCUGUAUGCCUACUGAUGAUGUGAUACAUUUGCAGGUGUUUGAAAAAAAACAUGUGAGUUUG